AUGUACAAAGUCACUCUAUUGCUCAACGUUCAAUUUGCCAAGCUCGACACUUCGGUCAAAUGCUUGGAAUGCAGACCUUGCAUGAUGUUCUGUACAUUUCGUAUUUCUGGAGGUAGCGGCUCCACCUCCCCAGAUUCCGGAUUCUGGGGGAACGCCCCCGCACAAACCUCGCGCAGCCCGAGCUAUAGAAAUCGAGCCGAGCCCCCGGGUCGGUGCAAGCCGUCCGAGUCUCUCAACGAACCGAGGGCAUCAGUCGACAUCAGCCCAGGCCAGCAAGACAUGGCACCACCAACGGGUGUAAGACGGGACUCGACUCAUCCUGCUUUCGGGGCCGGAGCCGGAGCCGAAAUGUCGCUGGACGACGUAACCAAUGAUUCUCCUGGUCAGGAAUCCAUAAUCGCUGCAGACAGCAAUGGUGACAAAGCCGAGCGUGCACCGAAAAGGAUACGUCUAAAUCUCGCCUGCAAUCAGUGUCGGAAACGGAAAGUUCGGUGUGACGCGGAGACUCCCAAGUGUCGAAAUUGCUGGCUCCGAGACGAGGACUGCGAGACUACGGACCCACGCCACCCGGAGGCAGGACCCGUUGUCGUGCGUAAAUGGGCCACGAAAGAUGGUCUUCUCCCGGGGCAGAAUCCAGCUGCGACCCACCGUAACCAGGCUUAUGUUCCCAAGCACAUCAGUGCAUCGCCACAAGAUCGUCCAAAUACUCAAGGCCUUCUCGACUCAUCCCAGCAUGUCAGCACCACGGCACUCAGCACAGAGCAUGAGACAACUAGCAGAUCACCAAAUGACUGGCGCUCAACACCCAACUUUGGUCCCAGCAGUACGCCAUCUAACGGUCACAGUGGGUCUGGUGUAAAUCUACCAGGGGACACAAACAUAUCUCGGCCAUCCGAUCUAAGGACGCAAUCAUGGGUCUCGAAGGCGUACAAAGCUUCUGCCCAGGGACAAGGAGACGACUCCGAUCAUACAGGAAGUGGUCACCACCCUGAUGUUAUCAUUAACACUGAUGACAAUCCCGGAAAAGUAAAGUACCUUGGCGGAAGCAGCUUGCAAUGCCUAACAGCCUUUUUGGAUAUGCACCUGCGGAGGAGAAACCUCCAGACUAUAACACCAUGUUUCAGAGAAGGAAUGCGAUUUGUUGAAGAGUUCGACCUCCCCUUAAGAGUUUCCAUGCCUAAUUUACCGGAUUUCCCUGCUCACAGCUACAUCGAAACUUUUUUUGUGAACAUCUGGCCUUUGAUACCCGUCAUUGACCGCGAAUUUAUCUCUGCGGAAUUCGACCGACUUCAUCGCAAGCAGCUCUCGCAUCCGGGGGGCCUCGGACAAGUCAUGAGUAAACAGGAUGUGCCCUCAAUUGUCUCUAUUUUCGCAAUACUAGCAAUUGGCGCUGACGAAGCCUCCGGUUCUGCCACUGAUUUUGGCAGUUCUUACAUUCAGGCUGCCUACAGUCUGUAUGGACAUCUAGUUGCUAAUCCGUACCUGUCAAGUGUUCAAGCUUUGAUCCUACUCGGAUUCGCCCUUCGUGGCAAGUCCAAGGACGGCCAGUGCUGGCAGCUCACCGGUCAAGCAGUCCGAAUAGCACACUCUAUAGGACUGCAUCGGCACAUCUCAUCACGUUCGAGACCACUCAACAAAGGUAAUUCAGAAACAUUUACCUCAGGCCAACUAAACUCGGAGCAUCUGUCCUUGGAAGCGCGAGUUUGGUGGUCGUGUUACGCCAUUGAGAGGCUGAUGGAGCUGGAGACGGGGCGACCAUCAGCUCUGACCGAACAGGAGAUUGAUCAGAUAGAUCUCUCACAUCCCCAACACGUGGAAGCAGACUGCCUCAAGGGGCCUCUGCAUCUCUUCGUUCUUUGGGUAUCUCUAGCAAUGAUUAUGGGCCAAAUAAGCGAGCACCUUUAUCGCAAACGCAUCGCAGACUCCUGGCAGCUCCUCUACGAGACUGGGCGACUUGAUCAACUUCUCCUCGAGUGGGUCAAAACAGUACCGGAGGGUAUCAAACCAGGUCACGAACUGGUUCACCUGGCACCGGACGCGGAGGACACCGAGUCCGGCCACCAACAUCAGCAUAUCGCCGCAUUCCUGUCUUUGCAGUACUACCAAGCACAAAUUACUCUCUUCAGGGCCUCUCUGGCUUUUCCAACACAAAAGUAUCUGGAGGAAACUAGGGCAAGUAACGCGAUCAGACGGCUUCCUUCAUAUCUCAGGCUAUUGCAGAGCCAGAAUCUAAGCAUCGCGGCUGCAAGGUCUAUGGCCCGUCAAGUGCUCGAAAUAGCAGACCACGUGGUCUCCUCAAAACAUCUCUUUGCGCCAACGCAGCCAUUCCUUGCUGCGGUCGUCUUGGGGUUGAACGUGCUCAAGAACCCAGGGAAAAGGAUGAUUAGGAGCGACGUGGAGUUAAUCGUUGGCACGACUGAAUAUAUCGAGACGUAUUACCGAAAGAUGGGACAGUCAACGGAAUUCGUGAAAAUUUGCGAGAGAUUAAGGACCAGUAUCUUGGAGGCAGUUGCCAUGGAGGGCCAAAGUCCAAUCCAAAUGAGAAGGGAAAGUCAAGCUGCUGACCAGGCUAGACCUUCUGUGCUCGCUACAAACAUUCAGUCGAACGAAGAAGGCCCCAACUCCGGGGGAAUGGACAUUCACAUGUCGGGUAUUGAACCACUGAUGGAUUCAAGAGAGGGUCCCACAUUCUUCGAACCUUAUGAAGGUAUCACAUUGGAACAGCUGUGGACGUCAAUGAGCUCUGAUUUUCUAAUGGGUCAACCGCUCGAAUUCAACAACUCCAUAGAAUAG